AUGUUGGAAGAGCUGCAAGAAAACUGGGAAGAAGAUUCAAGCCCCAAGAAGGCAAAAAGAACUAUAACUUCUGAGACUAUAGUCAUGCCUAGUUUUGAAGCUUCUGAGGAAUUAAAGCAAUAUGCUAGGGAGUAUUCUGCAUCCAAGAUAGCAGAAAGGAAACGGAUGAAGGAAUUGUCUAUAUCUUCAUUCUUUGUUCUAAUGGCGGCAAAAGUCAUCCCUGAACAAGUUGCUUUUUUAGUUGACAAAUACCUCUUGGACCAUAACUUCUCAUCCACUCGUUACACAUUCAGAAACGAAGCUUCUCGUCUCUUCGCCCAUUCUCCUAUUCAAGAGGCACCUAAGAAUUUGAUGACAUUGGAUGAGAUAUUAUAUGAGUAUAUCAGCCUGAAAAAUCAUAAGGUGACAAUGGAUCAAGAAAUGUUUAUCAUAGAACAAGAGAAAAAUAGGAAUAUGAUGUUAUUACAAGGGAUGCAUAAUGUCACGGCGGCUUACAUUGCCGGUGGAAACUGUCCCCCACCUGCUGCAAAAUCUUCUCCCGAGUUUGUUCUGCAAACAAGAAUUAAUAAUAAAUCUUAUCCAGGAGAACUUAGAGAACUAUUUGAUGUUCUAAUCAACAAAAAAACCUCAUGUGAAUACCUAAACGAUCAUCACUUCACACAAUUACUAACUACUUUCUCGUUUAAUUAUUUACAGCAUGCUUAA